AUGGAGGGUCCGUCCCCUCGUUCAGCCGCGGGGCGGGACAGAGAGCUCCGGGCAGCGGACCGGGGGGGGUCCGGCGGGGGUUCUGGAGCUGAUCCCACCCGGGACACCAGAACUCACUUUCGCGUGUGUCGCUUCAUAAUGGACACAGGGGUGAAGCUCGGUCUGCGCUCGGUGCCCGUGGCCACAGCCUGCGUGUUGUACCACCGUUUCUUCCAGCGGGCCAGCGUCCGGGUCUAUGAGCCCUACCUGGUGGCCAUGAGCUGCGUGUACCUGGCUGGCAAGGUGGAGGAGCAGCACAUCAGGACCCGUGACAUCAUCAACGUCAGCCACAGGUUCUUCAACAAAGGCAGCGCGCCUCUCGAAUGUAACAAGGAGUUCUGGGACCUGAGGGACAGCGUGGUGCAGUGUGAGCUCCUCAUCCUCCGACAGCUCAACUUCCUCGUCUCCUUCGAACACCCUCACAAGUAUUUGCUCCACUACCUGCUCUCUGUGAAGGCUCUGGUAAACCGACACGCUUGGUCUCGAACCCCUGUAGCCGAGACUUCCUGGGCUCUGCUGAGAGACUGUUACCACGGAGACAUGUGCAUCCGUCAUACGCCGCAACACAUCGCCAUAGCAACGCUGUACCUGGCCGUGAACAGCUACGGCGUGGAGCUUCCUGCCGGCGAGAGGAAGUGGUGGCAGGUGCUGUGUGAGGACGUGACCAAAGCCGACAUCGACGCUGUGAUCUCAGACCUUCUCCGGCUCUACGACAUGGAGGCCAAGUGUAUCUGA